GGCUGCUAUGAGUGGGCAUUGGACAGUGGACAACGAAUGCAUCUCACAUCAAAGACGACCUGAAGACCACCGACAGGAAUUCCCCACGGUUAACCCUGGACUGUCAACAUAUACCGUCGUUUUUCUGCCUAUGAAGCCUUGAAAAUCCCUUGUCUUUACGAAAUGCCAUCAUGACAUCCCAGCUAUUGGCGUCAGAGCUCGCCAAUCUCAUCCAGGAGAGCAAGCGCAAACACAAUGACUUGCGCCAGGCCGCCGAAAAAUCACUUGAAGAACUCAAGAGUAUAAGAGCUGGCUCUGAAGCUCAAAUAUCGGAUGAACUCACUCAACGGCCAAAUUUUGUCAACCCCUUCAUCAUUGCUUGCGGGACCAAAAACGUCAAGUUCACCGGCAUUGCGAUCGUUUGUUUACAGCGCCUCAUCGUUUCAAGAGCCUUACCAAGAUCUAGAUUGAGCCAGGUGCUGGAAGCCUUGCAACAGGCCACGUCAGCCGGCCUCGACGUCCAACUCAAGAUUCUCCAGGCCCUGCCCUCAUUAUUAUCCAAUUAUGCCGUAGAUGUGAAGGGAGAACUUCUCGUCACGGCACUUAAUGUUUGCUUUAUCCUACAGUCAAGCAAGAAUGCCAUUGUCAACAACACAUCUGCAGCCACCCUGCAACAGCUGGUCGUUUCCGUCUUUGACAAGGUAGUAGCCGAGGAUAAAAACGGUCAGGACUCACAAAUUGUGGGCGAGGUGCCGCUUCAAGAUGGCACGACCCUUCCUCUUCGCGCUGCGGCCAUGGAUGCCUGGAGGGUGUUUAAUGAUAUCUGUCUCCUAACCGAAGGCCAGCGACCCGAGUACCUUCGCUUCUCUGGCCUGCCACAGACCUUCGGUCUGGAGCUGAUUGAGUCUGUGCUCACCAACCAUGCCGCCAUCUUCACCUCACAUCCAGAACAGGCCGAUAUCUUACGAGCCAGAGUGAUGCCCUUUAUCAUCAGUGCACUUCGGGGCCGACCAAAUUUCGCUACCAGCGUGCGUCUUGUGAGAAUAUUGUACACCCUGCUACGUCGGCAUCUGUCCAUCCUCCCAGAGGAGAGUGGUGACGCUCUUGAAAUUUUGACCCAUCUCUUGGACAUGGACACAGCGCUGUGGAAGCGAUCACUGUGCAUGGAGGUAUUCAGAGGUGUCUUUGCCGACCACGCUCUUCUGAGGCGUAUCUUUGGCAUGUUUGAUGCCCAAGAGGGAGGCAAGAAGAUUCUGAGGAACCUAACAGCCACGUUCGUGCGUGUGAGCACAGAGAAGCCCACUGCUAUUGGACUCGGACACCAGUCGACCAUCCCAGUUGCCAACCCCUAUGGCGGCUCAGCUGCUUCAGCCGAUCAAGCAAUGUUGGAAGCUAGUGGCGCUGGCAUCAUUACAAGCUCGGUAGGUUCCGAUGGCCACAACACUGGUAUCAGUACUCAGUGGAGCACCAUGCGGGUUCCAUGCAUCGACCAGCUCGACAAGACGGACCCCCCAGGCAUUCCGGAGUCGUAUAUUUACAGCCUGACACUGGCAUGUAUCACCUCACUAUCCGAAGGCCUUGCCAAGUUCAUCCUCCCCCUCACUGUCCCCAGCGACGGGAGGAAGAAACGAGGCACCAAAACAGACAUAGGCCGAGACUCCCCUGCGCCGUCAACCGACGAAAAGCUCGACCCAGGAGAUAAGAGCUCGCUGGAGCGGUCUUCGUUCAAGCGCAACCCUGUUCCAGUCAACCCCCUUACGCUGGAGAACCACCCACUCUAUUCCGAAGUCAAGAUAUGUGCCGCCUUUAUUGACGAGUGUUGGCCAGCCAUUCUUGCAACAUGCUCGACCUUCCUGUAUGCCGCGCUUGACUCGGAGUACUACCAUGGUCUUGUCCGGUCAUUUCAAAAGUUUACACAUGUGGCUGGCCUCCUGCAGCUCACUACCCCACGGGAUGCCUUUCUUACCACACUGGGCAAGGCAGCUGUGCCACCGAAUGUUCUCACAGCAUGCCUUAAUGCUGGCGCCCCUCGGAACCCAGUCACCCCUUCUGAGCCUACCAACAGCAUCUUCGGCAAUGCACGUGGCCUUCUUAGUGUUGAGAGUCUCGUGUCACCGACUGUGGAGAAGCAGCGACAGGUUUCUGUUGAUCCUAGUGCCGGCACGCUAAACACACGGAAUAUGCUAUGUUUGAGAGCAUUGCUAAAUCUCGGGAUAGCACUUGGUCCAACACUUUCGGCAUCUUGGAACAUCAUCCUAGAAACACUCCAGCAAGCCGACUUUGUGUUGUUUUGCUCCGGUAAGGCUGCAGGCAGAACACCUCUGGCGGCCAAGGGUCCUGAUCACCAAGCCGAGCAAGAGGCUAGCACUCUCCUUACCAAUUUUAGCACUGAAAUCCGUGCGGUUGAAACGGCCGCCUCACGGUUGUUUGAGAGUACCAUCGAUUUCCCCAAUCCCGCCUUCGUCGAGGUGGUCGGGGCUGUCUGCAGCCUGUUGGAAAAGCAUGGUGAAGCCCCCUCGGCACCAGGGAGCAGGCCGCAAUCACCGCCAUCUGGCGGAGGACUCAAAACACCAUCGGUCCCGCACAAGCGCCAACUAAGUGUUUCAACUCCGGCCCUGACUGGCCCCAAUCAAGAGGAUCAAUUUGCCUUGGCUAAGCUGGGUGAUCUCGCCUCUAUCAAUAUUGAGAGGCUACUUAUCUAUGAUCCUGAAGUCUCCGGCUGGGCACCACUGAUCUCUGAGCUCAUCACUGCGUUGAGUUCAACCUUAAACACAGCACCAGUCAGAGCACGGGCAGCAGAGACGCUGGUUCGGAUUCUGUUGGAAGCUGCCGCUGCCGUGUCAUCUCAGCCCGAAGAGCCUCGUGGGGACAUACAGCAACGACUGCUGGAGGCAUUCCGUGACUCCCUCCUGCCUCUGCAAACCCCUAACAGAGAAGUGUCUGUCACCAGCCAUGUCGUCGACGUCGACAUUCACAAGAUCAUCCUCGAAGGUCUCAAGAGCCUUCUCGAAAACUGCGGAGAGACCUUGGUUCGGGGCUGGGAAAUCACGUUCCAGAUUAUCGAUACCAUCUUCGUUGACAAAACGUUUACCCCCGAGAAGCAGGAGGCUGACAAGCGGUCCGUCCUUCUCACCCGCUCUGUCAAACUCAUUCGUCCUUCUUUUGCCUCGUUGCAGUUGAUCUGCUCGGACUUUCUGCCUUCUCUCCCUAAUGCCUGCUUUCUUAACCUCGUCGAUACCCUGUACAAAUUCUGCACUCAGGAUGAUGAACUUAAUGUGGCCUUGACGACCGUGACUUUUUUCUGGGCCAUCUCGGACUUUCUUUCUGGUAAAGGCAGAUCCAUGUCCAUCACCGAAGACAUGAUUGGGGAGUCUGGCGACGAAGCACUCACCAAGCUGGCAGCAGACUCCUCCCACAACGGAUCAGGGGCAGCCUUGUGGAUGUUGCUUCUCCUGCGACUCACCUCGGUUGCUACAGACCAGAGACUGGAGCUGCGAAACAGCGCCAUCCAGACUCUGAUGCGCAUCAUGUCGGCUUACGGCGAUAGUCUAAGCCCGGAAGCCUGGUCCAUUUGCAUGAAGUCUGUCAUCUUCCGGCUCAUGGCUUCAAUAGAAAAAGAGCUCCAGGUUCUUUCUGGAGUCUCAGCAAAAGACAAGAGUCAAGAGGAGUGGAAAGACACGGCCAUUGUGGUUGUGCAGGGUGUUUCAAGCCUGUUCGCCUCAUAUCUCACUGUAUUGACGGCUCACAACAGUUUCAUCAAGAUUUGGGAAGACCUUCUGGAUCAUUUCCGGAUCCUGCUGGAUCUGAACGUGUUGGACAUCAACGCUGCCACAUACAGUGCCGUCCGGGACAUUCUUCACAGGUGCGCAGAGCAAGACAGACCUCGCGUGGGCAAAGAAAGCCUCGACCUUGCCUGGGAUCUAUGGUCUCGAGGAAUUCCAGUUCCCAAAGAUGGCAAGGACGACAAAUCUUCGGACAACCAGAAAUGCCUGUUGGUGUGGGUAGAGGCAUUGCUGGAGCUUUACGGGCUCAUCCAGAAAGACUUUAGUGUCGAAAGAGUCCGCCGCAUGCUCACUCUGCUCCGCAAUGCCAUGCAACAUGCCACCCCAGGAGCCUACGCCAGCGACGUCGAGUAUGUCACCCCAUUGCAGGGCAAGAUUCUGGAAGUGUUCCGCAUGGUUCGCACGGACGUGAGCGGCGUCCCGUCUGCUAUGAUCACCCAGGUUGCCGAGUUUGUGUCUCUGGCAUUUGCCCAGGAAGACGCUGCCAAGGCGGCGGCAGAGAAGCGCACAUAUGUCGCCAUGUCUAAGGAAAGCAUGUCUAUCCUACAGGCACUCAUCAUCAAGGACUCUUCUGGACGGGAUAUCUACGAGACCGAGGCCUUCGCCACUGCCAUGUCUGCGCUGGCGAAGCCCGUGGUCCUAAAGUAUUCGUUCAAAACCACCACUAGAUCCAACCAACCAUGGAAGGAGGCCACCAAAACCUCACUUGCAGUUCUGGAAGCUUCCCUUCCAUACAUCCGCACUGCUGACCUCCCCCGCCCCAUCAUACAACACAUCUGGGAGACCAUCAUCUCCAUCGCCAACGGCAUCAUCAGCGCUGACUACCCCAACGCCCCUCCCGGCACCGACAUCCUCGCCGACCAAACCUUUGACAUUUCCUCCUUCCGCAAACUCCGCGAGCUCAUCAUCCCCGCCCUCGGCGCAGAAGUCAUCCUCGACGCCACACGCAAGUCCUACGCGGAAGGUCUCUUCAGGACAUCCAUCAUCCACGCCCCCGCUCCCGCCGAGGCCUCCAUCAUCUACGGCAACAGCAACGAAGGCCUUACCACGCUCUACAGGUCCCGCCCAGGCCGCACCAUUGACCCCCCACCAACUAAACGGACCCUCAUGGCGGAGGUUUGUUUGGAUGAGUUGUUCUCCCUAGUGGAACAACACGACGAAACUUCCCCGCCAGAGAUCAGCACCGAACCCCCCACCUUUCCAUCUUCUGACACCGCCUCACCGGAAACAUCCCACGAUUUAUCCGUCCGACUCUCCCAGACCGCCUCGCCCUAUCUCAUCUUGAGGUGUGCGCUAAGCAUAAGGGCUUACAUAGCCGACCAGCCCCUCCGAGGGCGCAUGCCGCAGCCGCUGUCGCAGAGAAAGGAACUUGGUCGUAUCCUCCGGGCGUUGGUCGACCUCAAGUCUGAGCCGGACGCGAUUCCCGACACCCCCAACGUGGACUCAGAGACGAGGAAGCAUUUGCUGAGGUUGUACCCCCUUUUGGUGAGCGCCAUUCAAGUUGCCGGUACAGCAGGUGAUGAAAAGGUUUUGAAGCUAGUCAGAGAGGCGCUGGAUGUUGUUGGUGGAGAGCUGGGUGUUUAAUUCUUUUCUCUUUUUCGUUGGCAAAUGUAGACAAAAUGAAAGUUGUGCGUCCUUACUUUGUACAACUAAACAAAACGUCAACCCUAUCAUACCAUCAUUUCACCCUCCCUUUUUCUCGCUGUGGGAAACCAUCCCAUCCUAUCCGCUUCGAUGUGGCCCAUCACCGCCUACAAGAAACAAUUAAGCCCCAUACUCAUACACCAAUGCCCUCAACCUUGCCCUCAACCUCGCCGCCUCCUCCUUGGGAUCCUUGCGGGGUGGCUGCUCCAGAAAUUUCUUCACCUCUUGCAUCAAGUUCUUAUCCGCA